AACUAGGCAAGUUCGUUAAAGAACAAAUUCGUAUUUACAAUGACGGGGACGGGGGUUCGGAUUAAACAUAAAAAUAUGGGACAAGCACACGUCACGACCAGAGAGACAACACGAUAUUACAAAAUGAGAGACCAAAGACAACAUAGAAUGGUAGCAACACAACUACGUGGGAGCAGCACAACAUGGUAGAAACAUUAUUGGGCACCGACAACAGCAAAGGGCAAGAAGGUAGAGACAACAAUACACCACGGAAAGCAGCCACAACUGUCAAUCACACUCCUCAGAGAAGCCAUGAACGGACCCAAUUUCUAUAUUCUGCUUCUUGCUGGAGUCUUGGUCAAAGGGCGAGAACUCCGAUGGGAAAAACUAUUUGACCAGCCCUUACAGUUUAACUGCCCUUCAAGACAAUCCAUCUCCCACGUAAAAAGUCAACAUGUCAACUACUAUGAAGACCGUGUGUGGGACUUUGAGUGCAAAGACACAUUUGUCUCAGAGCCUGAGUGCCUCUGGUCUCCUUACGUAAAUGACUUUGAUCAAGAAUUCAGCUUCAAAUGCCCCCAAAACUAUGUCCUAACUGGGGUGAACAGCUAUCAUUCCAACUACUAUGAGGACAGAAGGUGGAAGUUCUACUGCUGUCGAGUCAACAGCUACCGUAACCAGGACUGUCAGUGGACCCCCUACAUCAACUACUUUGAUGAGGUCAUCUCUUGGCAAGUCCCAGGCCUGAACUACCUAGUUGGGGCCGGAAGCUACCAUUCAAAUUAUUAUGAAGACCGUCGUUGGAGAUACCAGUACUGCACACGGAAGUCAAACUGCUGAUUAUUGAAUUCUUGACCCAAAUGACGAAUAAAGAUUGCCUACUAACAUUC